AUGGCCGGCAGCGGCGAGACCGGGGGAGUGUUUGGGUGUGCGCGGCGCGGAUCGGGCGCCGCGCACGGGGGAGCGGAGGCCGGCGGAGGAGCCUCCGCAGGCGGAGCGGGAGGGGGAUCGGCGGAGGAGAGAGCAGUUUGCGCUGGUGGUGGCGGAGAAUACGAUGGAAGCGGCGGGGGAUUGGAAUGGGGGAGCGCGCGGGAGAAGGUGGGGGAAAGAGAGGCGGCUGGUGCGGAUGCGGACGAUGGGGGGGAGCGGGGGGGCACUGCGAGGGAAGCUAUCCGGGAGGGGGCGGAAGGGUUUGGGGGAGCGGGGGGGAGAGCUAAUGGCGGAGAUGUGGAGACCGGAGGGGGGGACGCAAGGGGAGGUGGGGAAGAGAGGGAACGAGCGAGGGGAGGGGCAGCAGACGGGGCGGAGCAAGAAAAGUGUGCGGGGGAGGAGGAGAAAGGGGAAGCAGAAAGAGAAAGAGCAGGAGGAGCAGGAUCAGAAUCAGGAGCAGAUGGGGAUGGAGGAGAAAGUGGGGGCGGAAGGGGAGGGGACGGAGGAGGAGGUGGAGAAGGGGAAGCAGGGGAAGGGGACGAAGCGGGAGGAGGGGUUGAGAGCGUGGCGGAGCGCAUGGCGCGGCACGUGGAGGUGGUGAGGGCGGUGGAGAGGGCGCGCAUGGUGGCACUGCUGAGAGCGUUCCUGCAGGCACGGCACAUCAAGACAGACAGCGUCCCGUGCCUUGUGGACGAGGGCCUGUACCUGGGGUCGAUAGGCGCGGCGCACAACAGGGACCUGCUCAAGCGCAGCAACGUGACUCACGUGCUCACAGUCGCCAACUCCAUCCUGCCGGCGCACCCCCGCGACUUCCAUUACACGCUCAUCAAUGUUCUAGAUUCCCCCGAAGUGGACCUCAUCUCCCGCUUCCAAGAGUGUUUCGCCGUUAUCGACACAGCCAAAGCAGCGGGGGGCUGUGCGCUCGUGCACUGCUUCGCCGGGCGCUCCCGCAGCGUGACCGUGGUGGUGGCGUAUCUCAUGGCCCGCCGCGCCAUGACUGUGGAUGAGGCUCUGGCGCUCGUGAGAGGACUGCGGCCCGAAGCGAACCCGAAUGCGGGGUUUGUGCAGCAGCUGAGGGAGUGGGAGGCGCAGCUAAGGGAGCAAGGGGUUCUACCACCACUGCCGCCGGUGCCUCCAGUGCUGGUAGUGCCAGCAGGAGAGGGAGCAGUUGAGAUGGGAGGUGUGGAAGGAGAGGGGGUGGGUGAGGAGGUAGGAGAGAGAGGCUUGUUGAAAGGAGGGGAGGUACUGGGUGAGAGAGAAGGCGGGGCAGAAGAGGACCGGGGGGAGGAAGGAGAGGGAGUUGCAUCAGGAGGUGCAGCAGCGGGAGCAGCACCUGAAGCAGUGCGAGAAGUGCGUUACAAGUGA